CUGACAUUUUUUGUAAAUACCAUGGUCUGUGGUAAAUACUACGAACCUAAUAAAAAUUCAAAAUUCUAAUCAAAUCAUUUUCUUUAUUUCUUAGCAAUAAAAAUACAAAUAGUAUAUUAAGCUCCAUUAUUAAUAAAUUAAAAUAUUUUUGAUUUAUUACAAAUGAGUGAAUCAAUUGUAAAACCUGUGGAGGACAUAAGAAUAUUUGAAGAAUUAGAUGGCAAAACAAAGUUACGGAAAUGGCUAAAUAUGAAUUUUAGAAUAGAAAUGACUGAUGGGAGAGUGCUCAUAGGAAUAUUUUUGUGUACUGAUCGUGAUGCCAAUGUUAUAUUAGGUGCCUGUUCCGAGUACCUUAAGGGUAAUGAUGGUGAAACAGAAGAGCCAAGAGUUUUAGGCCUAGUCAUGGUACCAGGACGACACAUAGUAUCCAUACAAUUAGAUGACACAACACCACCGCCAAAGGUUACACAACAAAAAUAUUUUUCUUGAAAACAUUAAUAAAUUUUCAUAGUCUGCCUGUACUGCAAAGAGCCUUGUAGCAAAUGGAAUCAUGUAUCUCAUCUUAUAAGAAACUUCGCUACUGAAAUUUUCUUGUAAGUAACAACCAGAUAUGUGCAUGUUAAAAUGAACUCUAUGAGAUAUAAAAUAAAGUGUUUUCCAUAGCACA